GGUUUAUUAGUUUAUGUUUAAAAAAAAAAUAUUUUAGUGAUUUAAUUAUUCUCAAGUGUAUUUUAUUUGAAAGUGGUGGUUAUGUUAUCCCCGUAUUUAUAAAGUAUUGUCAUUUUAAGUUUGCAAAUAUCACAAAUAUUUAAAUUAUUAAUCUAUUAUUACAAUAACAUUUAUCUUAUCAUGGCAAAAUCAUGUGAUAGCAUAGUUUUAUGUAGAGGAUUACCUGAACAAACUUUACAAGAAGACAAUUAUUUGAUUACUUUACAAUCAGUUGGUUAUAAAUGCUAUUAUUUAUAUACCUCACGAUUUGAAUUUGAUAAUAGCCCAAAUUUAAAAAUGUGCUUACAAAACGCCGAAUAUUAUAGUGGUUUAAUAUUGACUAGUCAACGUGCCGUAGAAGCAAUAUAUAACAUACUCAAGGAUGAUAAGAUAUCACUAAGCAGGUGGCAAAAAUUACCUGCAUAUUGCGUUGGUCCUGCAACUGCAUCACUUGCAAAAAAUAACCUUGGUUUAGAAUUCUGUUUAGGUAGUGAAACCGGUAAUACCAAGGAUCUUGCAAAAGUCAUUAUUUCUCAUAAAGCAUUAAUAACAAAACCACUGUUAUACCCUUGCAGUGAAAUUGCACAUGCAACCAUUGAACAAGUUCUUUCAAAAAAUAGCAUUGAUUUAAAAAAACUUGUUGCUUAUCGGACUGUAAUGAGACAAUCAUUAGAAGCUGAUUUCUUAAAUAUCGUUAGUACUACACCAAAAAUAUAUGUCUUUUUUAGUCCAUCUACCGUAGAUUACUUUGUAUCCAUAUUAAAGAGACAUCCUAAUUAUAUUAAAAAUAUUAAAGCAGUAGCAAUUGGUCCUACGACUAAACAAAGUUUAAUACAGGCUAAAUUUGAAGUUUAUGCCACUGCAGCAAAUCCAAAUCCAACAUCUUUAUUAGAAGCUAUUAACAAUGCUGGUUGCAAUAGUAAUUCAGAUACAAUGAUGUAACAUAUGAAAUAUUUUUAUUCUCAAUGUUGUAAAUAUUUUAGAUGUUA